CUCUAGAGUACCGGGUUCCGGUUCCGUCAAUUUACUCUUUUUCUGAGUUUUUGCAUUAACAAAAUAUCGAUUGGAAACACUUUGAGAAAUUGCAGAAACCAUGUCGCUGUAUGAUGAUGUGGAUACAGACGUCAGUUCUGGGAAUAAUGCCAAGUCAGAUAUAUCUGGUUGGUCAUCAUCAUUCAAACUGCUGCAGUCCCAGCUGCAGGCCAAGAAAGUCAUUAAUGCUAAACAACGAGAGUCCAAGAAACGACAGGGCACCACACUCGCGCCGGUCAUUGACCUAAAACGUAGCACGGCAGGAGAUGAUUUACACUUCAACAUGAUCACAGGAAAACUGGAUCGCAUGGCUCCCGUGGCCUCCCCGUUCAUCGCCGUAGAGCCGACCGCCUUCUCCGGCGUCGUCGACGAAUACAACCCGCUGUAUCCCAACGACUAUGAGGAGCUGGUGAAGAAACGACGCGACCAGAAGGCAAAGGAAAGAGAAGAGGAAAGGAAGAAGGAGCAGGAUGACAGAGACAGACGCCGGCGGGAUCGAUAUCGUGACGAUGACUCACCGCCAAAGCGGAGCUACGGAUCGCGAGAGUUGGCGCCACGCGAUCCGGAUGAGAGGAAGCCAAAGCGACGUGAGGAUGACGAUGACGAAUAUGAUCGCCCGAGGAGGAAAGCGCAAGGUGGCGCUGCUAUCGCCCCGCCGACGAUGCUGAUAGAAGAAGACAUGGCGGCUAGCGUCGAGGUCGCGACGGGUAUCAACCUGAAUGCUGUGCCACCUCCCGGGCCGUUCUCAGUUAAGCCGGAACCAGAAGAAGAGAAGCCGCUGCCUGGGGCGAGCAUGGGUCUAGCCGGAUCCGUUGCAUCAAAGAUCAUGGCUAAAUAUGGCUACAAGGAGGGUCAAGGCCUCGGCAAGAAGGAACAGGGCAUGAGCACAGCGCUCCUGGUGGAGAAGACGAGUAAACGCGGAGGGAAAAUUAUUCACGAAAAAGAUAUUCCUAAAUUUGAGCCACCAAAAGCUGAGGUGCCAACAAAUACAAAUUUAUUAAAAAAUCCAUCAAAAGUUAUUCUAUUACUGAACAUGGUCGGACCUGGAGAAGUCGACGCGGAUCUCGAACCAGAAACGGCCGAGGAGUGUGCAAAAUAUGGCAAGGUCAUCCGGUGUGUGAUAUUCGAGAUUCCUGGCGCCGAGGAUACGGAAGCCGUAAGGAUAUUCCUCGAGUUUGAACGAGUCGAAUCGGCAAUUAAAGCGAUUGUCGACCUAAAUGGUCGGUUCUUCGGAGGGCGGACGGUGAAAGCGUGUUUUUACAAUUUGGAUAAAUUUAGGAGAUUCGACCUUGGAGACUCACCAUGAAGUGAAGAAAGUGACACUUUGGACUUAGUUGUUGUUAAUUCUUUGGACUGCGGUGUGACCAGAGAUUAGUCGAACUUAGUGGACUGGAGUAUGGGCAUCAUUUUUCAGUGGUUACAAAUCAAGUCCUUUGCCACCAGACUUCACUCAUAUCCUGGAGGGCAGGCAGUCAGAGUAUUUCUGGACGUAACUGGAGGGAGAUAUUUUGAACUAAGCAGACUGGAUUUUGGCCAUAAUGAUUCAGUGGUAACAAAUCUGCCGAGUCUACUCCUGGUGAUCUCACCAGAGAGGUGUCCUGCUAAGCCGCAGUAGUAAGCGAGGUGUCCACUGCUCGAGUAUUCUGUAAAGGAAAGUUCCUCUAUCGCAUGU